AUGAGGGUCGUUGAAAUCGUUAUAGAUGGUUUCAAGUCAUAUGCUGUCCGGACGGUUAUUAGCGGGUGGGACGAGAGCUUCAACUCCAUUACAGGUCUCAACGGCAGUGGGAAAUCGAAUAUUCUGGACGCAAUAUGCUUUGUCCUAGGUAUUACAAGCAUGAGCACUGUGAGGGCGCAGAACAUCCAGGACUUGAUCUAUAAACGCGGCCAAGCCGGCGUGACCAAGGCCAGCGUAACAAUCGUCUUCGACAACCGUGACAAAAAGAAGUCUCCAAUCGGCUUCGAAGAAUAUGGCCAGAUCUCCGUUACGCGCCAGAUUGUGCUUGGAGGCACAAGCAAAUACCUCAUCAAUGGACACCGCGCGCAGCAGCAGACGGUGCAAAACCUCUUCCAGUCUGUUCAGUUGAACAUCAACAAUCCCAACUUCCUCAUUAUGCAAGGACGAAUUACGAAAGUAUUGAAUAUGAAACCCGUUGAGAUACUUGCUAUGAUCGAAGAGGCUGCGGGCACGAGGAUGUUUGAGGAUAGAAGGGACAAAGCAUUCAAGACCAUGGCGAAGAAAGAAUUGAAAGUACAGGAAAUUACGGAGCUGUUGAAGGAAGAGAUCGAGCCAAAACUGGAGAAAUUGAGAACGGAAAAGAGAGCCUUUCUAGAUUUUCAACAGACGCAGAGUGACCUAGAAAGGCUGACGAGGCUGGUCGUUGCGCACGAUUAUCUGAAGAACAAAGAAAAAUUGAAGCAAUCAGCAAGCGAGUCGGAAGCGAAGAAGCAACGGGCGACAGACUUGGAGGAUUCGGCAAAGAGGCUGAAGAAUGAAAUGGCGCAUUUGGAAGAAGACAUGAAGAAGGUCAAGGCCGCAAGAGAGAAGGAGCUGAGGAAGGGUGGAAAAUUCCAGGCUCUCGAAGACGAGGUCAGAUCUCACUCCCAUGAAGCCGUCCGAUUGGCGACAGUUUUUGAUCUCAAGCAAGCCAGUAUGACGGAAGAAAAGGAAAGAAGUAAAGGCUAUCAGAAGUCGGUCAAAGAGCUGGAAGCACAACUCAAGGAGAAAAGCAAGCUUUACGAAAAAUUACAAUCCCAAUAUGAUUCUGCCAAAGCGGACCUUGACAAGCAGACGGCCGAGGUGGAGACCAAAGAGGAGUUGCUGCAAACGUUGCAAACGGGCGUGGCAUCAAAAGAAGGGCAAGAGAGCGGAUAUCAAGGCCAGUUGCAGGAUGCUAGGAACCGAGUCAGUGCUACGGCAACAGAACAAGAACAGGCCAGGCUCAAGAUCUCCCAUUUGGAAAAGCGGAUCAAAGAGGACGAGCCCCGUGCGAAGAAGGCCAAAGAACAGAAUUCCGGUCUGCUCAAAGAUCUUGAGACGCUAAAAGCGCAGGCAAAGAAGCUGGAAGCGGAUUUGUCCAGGUUGGGUUUUGAGUCUGGCAAAGAGGAAGCAAUGUACCAGCAAGACGCCUCGCUGCAGAAGCAAAUCCGGGUACUUCAAGAGCAGGCCGAUGCUAUGAAACGUAAGGUUGCCAGUAUUGACUUCAGCUACAGCGAUCCGUCGCCGGGGUUCGAUAGGUCUAGAGUCAAAGGUCUGGUUGCGCAACUCUUUACACUGGACAAAGACAAGUCGCGAGCAGGCACGGCGCUGGAAAUAUGCGCUGGAGGUCGGCUUUAUAAUGUUGUGGUGGACUCCGCACAAACUGGUACUGAACUUCUCCAGAACGGCAAAUUGAGGAAACGAGUGACCAUCAUUCCUUUGAACAAGAUUGCUGCGUUCAAGGCGUCUGCAGACAAGAUCGGUGCUGCGCAGAAGCUCGCUCCUGGAAAAGUAGAUCUUGCACUCUCCUUGGUAGGCUACGAUGACGAGGUUUCGGCGGCAAUGGAAUACGUCUUCGGCUCGACUCUGGUAUGUGAGGACGCGGAGACGGCAAAAAAGGUCACAUUCGACCCUGCGGUGAGGAUGAAAAGCGUCACUCUCGAAGGCGAUGUUUACGAUCCGUCUGGAACGCUGUCUGGUGGAAGCUCGCCCAACUCAAGCGGUGUCCUUGUGACAUUGCAAAAGCUCAACGAGAUCACCAAGGAACUAGAGGCACGAGAAGCCGAGUUGAAUGACCUCCAAGCUAUAAUGGCUAAGGAGAAAAAGAAGAUGGCCAAUUCCCGGAAGGCCAAGCAGGAAUUGGAUCUCAAAUCACAUGAGAUUAAACUGACCGAGGAGCAAAUCGGUGGCAACUCUUCAUCAUCAAUCAUUCAGGCAGUUGAGGAGAUGAAGUCCAACAUCGAGCAGCUCAAGAAGGAUAUGGCUGAUGCCAAAGCACGGCAGGCCGAAGCCUCGACGGACAUCAAGCGUAUCGAGAAAGACAUGAAAGACUUUGAUAACAACAAAGACGACAAGCUUGCUGAACUGCAGUCCUCUUUGGAUACCCUCAGGAAGAAGCAAACCAAGAACUCCGUAUCUGUGAAGACAUUGCAGAAGGAGCUCCAGUCGGGGAGACUGGAAGCGGAGCAAGCAGGAGCCGAUCUCGGUGCCGCUCAAGACCAACUCGCUGAGAUGGAUGCUACUCUUCAGGCGCAAGACGCCGAGAUCCAAGCUUUGCAUAAAGAGCAGGCUCAAGUCAAGGAUGCUCAAGACGUGGCUCAAGCACGCCUUGACGACGAGCGCGCAAAGCUCACCGGGUUUGAUGAAGAGCUCAAAGCCCUGGAAGAUGCCUCUAGGUCGAAAUCUUCACGCGUUACAGAAGAAAGCCUCGAGAUGCAAAAACUUGCCCACCAGAUCGAGAAGGUUCACAAAGAUCAGCAGAGCGCCGGACAGAUGCUCAAAGAUAUGGAGAAAGAGCACGAAUGGAUCGCAGACGAGAAAGACAGCUUCGGCCGCCCUUCGAGCCCUUAUGAUUUCAAAGGCCAGAACAUAGCAGAGUGUAAAUCAUCUCUCCGCAAUCUUACAGAGCGCUUUCAAGGCAUGAAGAAGAAGAUCAAUCCCAAGGUCAUGAAUAUGAUCGACAGUGUGGAGAAGAAAGAAGCUGCGCUGAAGAACAUGAUGAAGACUGUGAUCAAGGAUAAGCGAAAAAUCGAGGAAACCAUUGUUACUCUUGAUGAGUAUAAGAAGAAAGCCUUGCAGAAGACUUGGACGAAGGUCAACGGCGAUUUCGGAAAUAUAUUUGCAGAGCUACUGCCUGGUAGCUUUGCAAAGCUGGAUCCACCUGAGGGCAAGCAAAUAUCUGAUGGACUGGAGGUGAAGGUCAGUCUUGGAAAGGUGUGGAAGCAGAGCUUGACGGAAUUGAGUGGCGGUCAGCGAUCGCUCAUCGCUCUCUCCCUAAUCAUGGCAUUGCUUCAAUUCAAGCCAGCACCCAUGUACAUCCUCGACGAAGUAGACGCCGCCCUCGAUCUUUCGCAUACGCAAAACAUUGGCCGCUUGAUCAAGACGAGAUUCAAAGGAUCGCAAUUCAUCGUUGUUAGUUUGAAGGAUGGCAUGUUCCAGAAUGCUAAUCGGAUAUUCAAGACGAGGUUUAGCGAGGGCACCAGUGUGGUGCAGGCACUGACGCCUGCAGAUCUAAGGUAG